AUGGGCCGUAGCGACCAGAAGCCGGGCGCGGCCGGCGUUCGCGAUGGCGCACCGUCGAAGUUGGAUGGUCUCGAACUCCGUGAUUCGAACGCAUCUCCGCCUCGGGACGCGUGGGACACGGAAUCGCGCUUGCCCCUGAUGGAGCACAGUGCGCUGUCCCCGAGGCAGGAAGCGGACGUCAGCGGCGACGUCCGGCGGCAGCUGCGCGUGCCCCUGCCGUCGUGGGCGUCUCCGAUGUGCGUGUGGUUGAUCAUGCACACGGCCUUCAUCCUCCUGUCGGGGCUCGUCAUCGGCAUGCACUGGGCGGACACGCGGAUGGCACGCGCACGCCCGAGGUCGCCGCGACCGUGGGUCGUCGCGCACCGCGGCGCGUCGGGCAUUUACCCCGAGCACACCGUCGAGGCAUACUGGUGA